AUGCGAGGAACACAGCAAAACAAUCUGGUGGGCUGGCAGGAAACGAAGGGCAGAGUAACUGUCAAAGUGACUGAGAUGAAUUUAAAGGUUCAUAGAUAUUCUGGAAAGGCAGCUGGGAAGAAAAUGAGUGCCCAGAAGAGGACUGGGUCAACAAGAUCUCAAGCCCAAGAUGAUUUGAUGAAAGCGCGAUGCGCUGCAUGCAUUUACCCUACCGCCUUCCUACUGCUACAACCGCUACAGUACAAUUUAAUACUGUCCCUGAAGUUCACAGUGACUUCUUGUACCAUACCUUGUAAAGAAGACCUCCCCAGAAAGAGUCAACAUUGGCCCUUCAUAUGA